AACAAGACAGCUGGGCAGAAUCGAAACCGCUCUUCACGUGGCUCAGUUGGACCGCUCACGCGGGAACUGCUCGGACAGUUUGGGACCGCCCAAGACGACGAUCGAAGGAUUGACGAUGACGACGGCGGUUCGGUGCGCGCGUGGGUGAUGGUUCGGGACGCCGGAUGACGAACUGUGCUGCCGCACUGUCUCUCUCGAUGCUGGACUGACGUCGACGUGGUGCAUCCGUACAAGGACAAGGGACAUGCGCUCCAGGAUCGGCGGGCUGGCCCUGACCGUCCGGACCGCUGGUGUCCUUUGCCUUCUCCUCAAAGCCGGCGCCAUGGCGGUCCCUCAGUCAAGGGAGCUGCCCACGCUCAGGGAGGUCCAGUUCUGGAACAAGCCUCCCGUGCAUUCGAGGAACGAGCAGUGUCCCCAGGGCGAAGACACCGUGACGUUCGAGAAGACGGUGGCCAUGAAGCCGGGCUCGCGUCGGCUGUCGCCCAUGUUCGCGCCGCGCGAGGACUUCCGCUCGCGCGGCGCCGUCACGCUGGACUGCCUGCGCCGCUGCCAGGCAUCGCCCCGCUGCCUGGGCGUCGUGGUCAACUACGAACACAACGCGUGCUUCGCGGCCACCGCGCUCGACGACGAGGACGUGGCCAACACGCUCGGCUCGACGACCGACCAGCCGCCCCUGGUGCCGGCUUCGGACCGCUCGAACUACUUCGCCAAGAUGUGCGUCCACGGCCCAGCGUGCGACAAGGACUGGGUGAUGGAGCGCGUGCCAGACAAGGAGCUGCGCGGCUUCGACGACCGCGUGGUGUCUGGGGUGCCCAGCUGCCAGCGAUGCCAGGAGCUGUGCCUGCACGAGGCCUCGUUUCCCUGCCGCUCGGGCGAGUUCGACGCCCGCGCCAGGGAGUGCCGGCUCAGCUCGCAGGACAGACGCUCCCAGCCGAGCGCCUUCGGUCCGGCGCAGGGGCCGCACAUGCACUACUUCGAGAACCUCUGCCUGCCACCGUCCUCUGGCCACGCGGCCAACUGCGACUUCGAGCUGCACAAGGACGUGGACCUGCGACGGGCCGACCAGGUGCGCAGCGCCUUCAGCGCCGACCAGUGUCGCUCGAUGUGCGAGACGUGCCGUGAGUUCACGUGUCGCAGCUACAGCUUCGCGCCGGGCGCGGGCGUCUGCGCCAUGUCCGGGGACGACACGGUCAGCCUCGGAGGUUUCGCGCUGCGCAUGACUCCCGGCGUCGGCUUCUACCAGAGGCCCACCUGUCCGGAGCCCGUGCAACUGUCGUGCACGCGUGAGUCCAUGGCGCUCACUCUGCACACCAAGGAUCCGUUCGCGGGAAGGAUCUACCCGCGAGACGAGACGGCCGGCUGCGACGUCCAGGGACGCGGGUCUCGGGAGACCACGCUCGUCAUGGGACUCAUGGAUCGGCGGUGCGGAGUCUCCGAAGACGACCGGGGCCGAUUCACGAGCACCAUUGUGAUCCAGCAGCAUCCGGUGAUUCAGCAGAAGGGCGACAGGAUCGUCAAGCUGUUCUGCAUCUUCGACACCGGAAACCGCACGGUCACCAACACCUACAAGGUGCUCGUGGGCGGUGUGGGUACGGCGAGCCGAGUGCCGGGCGUAGUCAACGCGACUGCCCCGUCGCCGAACGUGCGCCUUCGCAUCACGGACAGAGCGGGAGUGGACGUGGCCGGCGCCAAGCUGGGCGACGAGCUGUUCUUGCGCAUCGAGAUGGACGACGACAGCGUUUUCGGACUGUUCGCGAGGAACCUCGUCGCGACGAGCGGCCAGAACGACGACUCUAUCGUUCUCAUCGACAGUGCGGGCUGUCCUACGGACAGAAACAUCUUCCCCGCUUUGGAGAAGUUGCCCGGAGACAAGACAAGGACGCUGCAGAGCCGAUUUGAAGCCUUCAAGUUCGCCGACGACGUUGUCGUCCGCUUUCAGGUAUUCACGCGCGCGAUGUCAUCAGUACGUGGCAGCGUUGCGGCGGCCAGGAGUCAAGGCGACGUCGCCGUCAAGGGCGCCUCCAAGAAGACCGACACAACGACCAGCGUCGGUAGUGAGGACGAGUCCUCGAAGACGUCUCUCGAAUCGCCCGUCGCCGUCGCCGCCGCCGAGCCUCCGUCCUGGCUGCAGUCGCCCCUGUUCCGGUACGAGAAGCCCCGGUGGCGUCGCUACACGAGGUGCGUCGUCGUCGGCACUUCAAUGGUGUUGCUCGUGUGCCUCGGAAUACCCGCAGGAAUUCGGUCCUUGGUUGGCUGCCAGUCGCCGACUUGCGAGAGGUGGAUCGAGGAGAUGAGCUACUCUAUAGACGACACCAAGGAGCCGUGCGACAACUUUUACGACUUCGUGUGCGGACGCUACGGUGUCGCCUCGCAAUCCGUGUUUCCCAACGCCUUCCUGCGCCUCCAACUCCGCAUCCUGCUGUCCUUCUACAAGAGGAUCCUGAUUCAAGACCUGGACACGAUGCGCAAGGACGAAGGCGAGGACAGCCCGCGUUUCAAGGCCGUGUACAUGACGCAGCGAUGUCUCCACGAGGCGUGGAACGACGUGGACCAUCUCGACGUCCUCAAGGAGUUCCUGGCCAGCUACAACCUGUCGUGGCCUCCCGACAAGCAGCGGUUGCCCACGUCCCUUCUGGACACGCUAGUGGAGCUGAGCCUGAAGAGAGACAUACACGUGUUCUUCCAGUUGAAGCCGGACAAGGACUUCAACAGGCCCGGCUUCUACCUGCUCCAUUGGGACAAUAAUAUCCAAGCUAUCCUCGUUUGGCUAUUGCUGCGAGAAAUUCUGAUACAACACCAACAACUGGAGAACGCGUUCGUCGCAUCUGCUUCGCUGCUCACGGGCAGAGUACCGCAUCCGCAGCUGAUCGCGCGCGUGAUCGAACUCGACAGCCGCUUCCUCACGGUCAGCGUACUGCCGCUACUGGCUCUGAGAAGCAACAUGACCCUCGAGUAUGUCAAGUUCUCGGAGGCGCACUCGUUCAUGGGGCAGGCGAGCAGCUCCGUCCGUGUCUUGCACGCCGUCAAUCGCUUACUGCCCGCGGACCGACAGCUAUCGGCCGACGACCAGAUGAUCGUCACGAACAAGUUCAUGUUACCAUUCGUCGGCGACCUUCUGCUCGGCGAGUCCUCCGGCUCAGAGACGGUGUCCGGCUACGUCGCCUUCAUUGUCGCUCUCCAAUUGGCACCGGCCAUGUCUGUCAGCUACUUGGAAACGCUCCUUUCAGGCAUGGGAGAAGCGGCCGCCACCGGUAUCCGCCUAAUGGCGUGCCUGGUCGUUCCCAACCAGGAACUCUCAUUCGCCGUGGCGGACCUCUUCGUCGACUGGUUCAUCGAGGAAGGCAAGCUGGCCGCCAUUCGCGCCAUGUCCGCGGCCCUCUGGAACGCCACGGAGUCCAUCAUCGCCAACCUUUCCUGGAUCGACGAGGACACGCGCAUGCGGGGCCUCGGGCACAUCCGGCGUCUCGGGCGCGUCGUCGGCCACCCGUUCGACCUGUCCGCCUCGAAGGAGCAACUGCGCGAGCACUACGCCUUCCUGCCCAGGUUUCCGGCCAGCUACGCCACCAUGUUCACGACGGUGCACGACGCCAAAGCGACGCGGCUUCUGGCGCGGCUAAAGGCGCCUGACCCCGCGUUCAGAUUCGAGGACCACGAGCAGCCGAUGAUCAUGGUUAACGCGUUCUACCUGCCCAUCUACCACUGGGUCUUCAUCAUGGACGGCAUCAUGUUCGCCCCGUUCUAUGAGCUCACGAUGCCCGAGUCGGUCAACUACGGUGCCUUGGGUCACGUGGUGGGUCACGAGGUCACGCAUGGUUUCGAUCCCGAGCUCGGUGUCUUCAACGCGUCCGGCCUGAAAGACGACUGGUGGAGUCCCGAAUCGAGGAAGCUGUUCGACCAGCGCAUCCAGUGCCUGCGCGACCUCUACAAUGCGGCACCGUGGACGAAUGGCAUUAGGUACGGCGACACUGCGCUCUCCGAGAAUUUCGCUGACUGUGGCGGCAUGGCGAAGGUGCUGCGCGCCUUACGGGAACUCGGUCCACAGCCCGCCGUUACGAUGGGCGAGCACCGCUUCACGGCUCAGCAGGCGUUCUUCGUCAGCAGCUGCUUCAAGUGGUGCGCCAGGAGCCUCGGCAAGCCGUCGUCAGGUGACGACGACAAGCUCGAGGAGAUCGUGCACCUGUACUCGCCCUUGAACAUGCGCUGCAACGUUCCCCUGAUGAACACCCCGGCGUUUGCAGACGCCUUCCGCUGUCCAUCGGGCACAGUCAUGAACCCGAAGGUGCGCUGCGAUCUCUUCUGA